AUGCAUCGAGGAGAUCAAUCCAGAAAGAGAAGAGGCUCUGCCGGCCCCAGUAGCUCCUCAGCCCCUACCCCGCAAGAUCCCACACAACUUUCGCCACUACACCAGGCCCACCUAGAGCAUGUCCGGGGAUAUACCUGGCACCCCAUGCUGAGAUUGGACUUCGGCAUCCUUGCCGAGUUCGGAUGGGAAGACGACAUCCGCACCCACAUCGACAACAUAGGGUGGCGCUUCCUCCUCCAGUCUCCACCCACCCACGUAUACCCUCAGGCAGUGAUAGAAUUUCUCGCCUCCAUCUCCUACUUCGAGACUCCCUCCAUGGUACCGGGCCUCCCCCCAACAAAGAUGGUGACGUACUUCAUGGGCGGGAUGUACCGGACCACCACCCUGGACGACUUCAAUGUGUCCAUCGGGUUCGUCCAGCCCGAGGACAUCCUAACUCGGGAUUACCAGGAGGCCAUCUGCGCACGCCCCACUAACCUCACCGCCGGCGAAAUAUGGGAGGAGUUGAGGGUGCACAUCCUGCUGACACUGCUGAAGGGCUCCGCACUUCCCCCUGGCCUCCGUAUCUUCCACAAGCUGCUGGCCGAGACGGUCCACGGGCGGAAAGAGAGUCAGGGUAAGGUUACCCUCCUAGAUCUCUUCGCCCUCUACUGCAUGACCGGCCUGUGGGAGCCAUCCUCAUGGCUCCCCUCAUCACCCCGCUGGCAGAAAAAUGGGGGUGGAGUGGUAGGGAAGAACUGGCCUCCAGCCUCCGACCCGAAACUAUUAACAGGUGUGUCCUGGUCAGCAUGGGGAUGCUGCUACGCCAAGGGACCCGGUUGA